AUCUCUCCACAUAAGAAUCUCUCGAAUAUUCCAAACUCAUAUAUAAGAGACCUACAUUGAAUUUGUACUCUUACAAACUAAAACAACAAAGCCUGUGUGAGAGAAACACUAAAUCAAACAUGUCAUCAUCUUCAUCAAUGACAUUGAAAGGUGACUACAUGGUGAGACCGAAGGAACCAACAUGGCAUGGUUGUUUACCAUUAUUUGAAUGGAGUCUAACAGGUAUGAUAUCUCACACUCCAAUUAUUUACUUUUAUCACCCUCCACCAAAUUGGCUUAUCUCCCCCACUAAAAUUGCCACCACUUUGAAAGAUUCAUUAAGCAAAAUUCUAGUCCAGUUUUAUCCACUUGCUGGUCGUUUACAAAAUAAAGGAAAUGGUCGUUUUGAUCUAGAAUGCAAUGCAAUGGGUGUUCAGUUCAUCGAAGCAGAAACCUCAUCAACAUUAUCUGAUCUCGGUGAUUUUUCACCUUCUUCAAACAAUUAUUGCCAUUACCUUUUCCCGCAUAUUGAUUAUACGCUCCCAAUGCAAGAGCUUCCUUUGCUUAUUGUUCAGCUCACGAAGUUCAAAUGUGGUGGCAUUAGCAUUAGUUUAUUAAUCUCUCACAUAGUUGCCGAUGGACAAAGCGUGACGCAUUUCAUUUCUGAAUGGGCUCAAGUUGCACGUGGAGAGCCUUUGAAAAGGAUUCCAUAUCUAGAUAGAAACAUAUUGCGUGGUGGAGAACCAUGCAGCAAUAUUAAUGACUGGGAAUUUGAACAACUUCCACGUUUGUUGAAAAAUUUGGAUAAUAGUUUUGAAGAAAGGAAGGAAAAAACAACCAAUGCUAUAAUCAAAGUGAGUAAAAACCAACUUGAAAAGUUGAGAAAAACAGCGAAUGAGAGCUGGAAUAAACCUAGUAAUGAUCGAGGUUAUUCAAUAUAUGAAACAAUAACCGGUCAUAUUUGGAGAAGUGCGUGUAAAGCUAGAGGCCAUGAAAAUAACCAACCAACUGCGAUUGGCGUCUGCGUUGAUUGGAGGAGUCGCGUUAAACCUAGUUUACCAAAAGAGUCUUUUGGGAAUGCGAUAUUGGAUGUGUUGGCUACUAGUCUCGCAGGUGAUUUGAUGUCUAAGCCAUUAGGGUAUGCUUCGAGUAGGAUAAGAGAAGCAAUAGAGAAGGUGAAUGAUGAGUAUGUGAGGUCGGGGGUUGAGUAUUUUAAAAAGCAAUAUGAUUUAACUAAAUUUCAAGAUAUUCAUUGUAUACAGAGUGACGACCACAUGCCUUUUUAUCGGAAUCCUAAUUUAAUAGUCGUUAGUUGGUUGAAAUUGCCUAUUUAUGGAAUUGAUUUUGGAUGGGGAAAAGAGAUUUAUAUGGGGCCAGGAUUUCAUGAAGAACUUGAAGGAGAUUCGUUGAUUCUUCCUAGUUCUCAUGAUGAUGGAUCUUUGUUGAUUUUUAUGUGUCUGCAAGAGGUCCAUAUGGAUGCAUUUAAGAGACAUUUUUAUGAAGGUGCUGAGUUUGAAUUCCUUAAGGGAAGAUUGUAAAAGGAGGUAGGUUUUUAUCGAUGUCUGUUUAAUUAUUAAAAAAAAUUAAACAAACUAUAAACUUAAAGGAGGUAGGUUUAAUUAUUUUAUGUCAAUGAUGUUAUGUUUUGUUAUUAGUGAUUUUGUUAAUCUAUUAAGUAUGUGUCAAAGAGUUGCAGUUUGAUUUUUCAAUUUAUAAAGAGCAAUGUUAUUUUGACAUAAAGUAUUACACUUACCCAAUAAUGGACUAUUUACGAGAAUAUGUUGGAUUAGGGUGUUUGCAUUGUAAUUUUGAUUGGUUUUAAGGUAAAAAUUCGUCUGAUCCAAAGAUAAAUUUACUCGCGAUUCAAUUUGGUUUUAGAUGAUUGACUAAAAAAAUCAGACCCGAUCUGAUCCAAUUUCAUGCGAUUUAAAUUAAAUAGGUUUUUGGAUAUCCAAAUUAAAAAUUAUAUUUUUUAUUAAGAUUAUAAAAAUCCUAAUAAAUAAAAGUUUUGAUACAAUAUAUAACAUAUAGAAUGUUAAAAUUAAUAUUAUAAAAUGAUAAUAAUGCAUUAUUGUUGAUUCUUUUGAUACAAUAUAUAACAUUUAGAGUCUUAGGUUGAGUUUGUUUCUUGCAUUCCACGUUAACUCCCGUCAUAAGGAUUAGUGUUGAAUCUACUAUUGUACACCACUCUAUGUUUCAAUAACUUGACAUAGUUGUUGGUUUGUCUUAGUUGAGUUGUAAAUUCAACAAUCAAUAGACUUGUUAUUGUGGUUGAUCACUAGGGGUUAGCGGUUGAAGAAAGUGAGAUAGUUCUCAUAUUUAGGAGGUGACAUAAAUAAAAAGUCACUAGGAUUAAGGAGAGGCAUACAACUUUAUAGAGUUUGAAGGUUCUUAUAACACUAAUUGUUCUAAUUCAAAGUAGUGAAUUUCCUUUCAUGGGUAGAGUACCCCUAGACGUAGGUGUGGUUUCACCGAACUAGGUUAUCAAGCUCUUGUGUUAUUUUAUAGUUUUCUGCAUUAUUUAUUAUUGCUCUAUCAUUGCUGACAAUUUAUUCUUAAAUUAUUUUUAAAAGUUGGACAAGUUAUCUCAGCAUCUUGUCCAACAUUUGUCCCUUGAGGAACAAAAUUUCAAUUGGCAUCAGAGCAUACAUCAUGUUCUGUUUGGGUGAGCUCAAAGGAAGAUAUUUUAGGUUCACAUGAACAUCACUAAGGAUGGAGGAUCUUUCAAUAGACCACCUGUUUUGGAUGGCACAAGUUAUGAUUAUUGAAAAGCCAAGAUCGCGGGUUUUAUAAAAUCCAUAAACAACAAGACUUGGAUGUCUGUGAUUAAAAUUUGGAAACAUCUUGUGGUUACUACUCAAGAUGGUAUAACAAGUUUGAAGCCUGAAGUUUAUUGAUCAAAGGAUGCUAACGAUGAAGUGUUUGCAAAGAUAAGCUUUGAAUGCUAUAUUCAAUUGUGUUGACAAAAGUAUGUUUAGACUUAUCAACACUUGUAUUGAAGUUAAGGAAGCUUGAGAGAUUCUCAAGACUUCUCAUGAAAGCACAUAUAAAGUGCAUAUGUCUAGGUUGUAACUUCUCACAACUGAGUUUGAGAAGCUAAGAAUGAUGGAAUAUGAAUCCACAUCUGAUUUCAACAUCAUA